AUGCGGCUUGCUUCUAGCUUCUUUUUGAGCUUGGCAGCCAUAAUUCACUUCGCGCUCGGAUUAACUGUUGUUUCUCAAGAUGAAGAGGGCUACGGUGCGGCAACCUACAUUGACGAUCUUCAAAUCAAUUCAGGGGCUACCCUUUCCUUUGACAACAGAUAUGGUAUUUUGUUGAACGUUUUCGCUGGUGAAGUUACUAAUAAUGGACGAUUGUUCAUCACAGAUUCCGGUACUAACCUCGGUAUGACUGUCAACUUCUUGCAAGGUAUUUAUAAUACCGGAGAAGUUGUUCUCAAUGCCGUCAAUGAGUUGGGAGCUCCAACUUUCAAUUUCUUGGGUCUCUAUUUUGUGAACUAUGGGCAGAUUUACAUGGGAGGAGAAGGAGCCGUUGGCACCACAGUCAUGGAUAUUUGGCCUCUUUUGACGGCGACUCCAGAAAACUACGGCACAAUCACUUUUGCUCAAACCGUCAAUUCUGGAGGUGUUGCCUAUUUUGGUCAGAUUGCACAAGACGUUUACAAUAAUGGUACCAUCUGUUUAUCUGAGGUGAACUUGCAACAGGAUUCCCUGGUGAGUGGUACUGGAUGUUACUCUGUCGGAAACAACUCCAUAUUGCUUUUGGAUUCACCUGUAACUUUUGAUUUAGGCCCGGAUCAAACAGUGUAUCUUGCCACGUCUACUUCGUCAAUCCGUAUUGGCGCAACGACCCCUCUCAACACCAUCAACAUUGCAGGAUGGGGUAACGGUAACGUGAUUGGGUUUGCUGCAGGUAUCAUCACUGGAACAAGUAUUGACGGUGACACAUUGACCGUUUUCCAGCUUUUUUUGCCAUUCUACUUCAAUAUUGGUCCAGGUUAUGACAAUCAGUAUGUUCAAAUCGGCGCCACGUACUCAGAGAAUGGCAUCAUUGUCAUGUCUUAUGUUUCCUACAGCCAGCCUCCUCCAAAUCCUGCCCGGCCUGCUGUUUGUAACGCCUGUGGUACAGUCUAUGACCUUCCUGCUGCUCCCCCGGCGCUUUUCAACUUUUCCGAUUCUGCAAACACCAGCACUCCUCCAAGCACUUUUCUCCUGCUUAGUUCAUCCACUCCAUUGAGUUCAAGCUCAUUCUCCUCCUUGGAAUCGAGUUCCAGCCUUGAGUCAAGUUCUAGCUUUGAACCACAUUCCAGCUCUGGCUCCAGUGUUGAACCCACCACUUUUAAACCCUCUAGCAGUGAAGCUGCUUCCAGCCUUACUUUCAGCUACAGUCACGGGUUUAACUCCAGCUUCCAAUUUAGUUCGAGCACAUUAACAAGUGCGGAGCCUUCAACCUAUGGCAGUUCAAUCUACGGCAGUUCAACCUACGGCAGUUCAACCUACGGCUCAUCUGGGUUUGGGUCAAGUAAUGUGCCAAGUGAUAUUUCUUCUGGCUUCAGUUCGAUCUCCGGUUCUGGUCUUGGGUCUACUUCUCGUUUUGGAUCAAGUGCUACCUCAGGUGCAACCGCAAGUUCCAUUGGCUGUUCCGGUUGCACUUCAUAUAUCACUACUUUCCCGGCCAGUAUCCUGGGAGCGCCAGCCGAAACCGCCCAAAUCCUUGUCACUACCCAAUCAGAUGGCUCUUUGACUACAUUGACUUCGCCUUUUUCGGCAGACUCUGCUACGGUUUCGACCAUUUCCAAUUCCGCGUGUUCUGGCUGCACAGAAUACACCACUACUUUUACUUCGCGCGAUUCUUCAGGCGCCGAAGAUACUUUAACAGAGUGUUGUCGAUGUUACUACAAACUCAAAUGGUGCUUUGGUUACGCUGACGUCUGUGAUUUUCCGGAACAUCGUCUUCUGGUUCGACUUCUGAAUGUUCAGGAUGCACUGAUUACACCACUACAUUUGCAUCCAGCCGACUCUACUGGCGGAUUAGACACAUUGACUGGUGUUGUUGAUGUUACUACAAACUCGAAUGGUGCCAUUGGUAACUCUGACGUCAAUUAUUUGCUCCCGAUUGUACUGAGUACACCACUACGUUUGCAUCCACCGACUCUACUGGCGGAUUAG